AUGGCUGCCGCUGCUCAUGUCGCCUCCGGAGAGCAAUACUUUCCUCUCGCAACCCAGCGCAGUGAUGGCUGGCAUAGAGAUGGCCGAGCAACUGCCACUUGCUAUUGCGGCACUAUACAGCUAUCAUUCCCAGUGGACGGUCCCGGGCUAGUUGGCACUUUUGUCUGCAACUGCAGUGACUGUCACAAAUUCCACGCAAGCAUGUUUGCGUCCAAUUUCACCAUCGACGACAAGUACCUUGUCCAUGAACGUGGUCGCGACAAUCUAAGCGUCUACGCGCAGAACAAGACCAUUGAGUCGGGGAAAACGAUGAGCAACUACUUCUGCAAGACCUGCGGGACCCUCAUGUAUCGCGUCGGUGAGGAUUUCCCGGGCCUGAGUAUCCUCCGCAUCGGCACGGUGGAUGACUUUACUUUGAUGGAAACCAAACUGAAGCCGAAGCUGGAGCAAUACACAAAGGAUCGAACUUCUUGGUUCACUGGUGUUGAAGGGGCUCGGCAGACCGAGGGCGAUGGGCUACGCAGUUAG